UUGACAAGACGUCUCUCCAAUGGCACCAAUAGGCGCCCCUGUUCACGUCUGAAUAGUAGUACUAUACAUCCUGCCCUACUGAUAAACAGAUGUCAGUGAACUAAUCGAGCCUGCUGAAACGUAGCUGCUCAAAACAGAUGAAGAUGGGGUUUAUACAUCGAUAAUAUCCAGAGAAAACAAGCUCCAGGUAUUUUGAUGCUGCAAGAAUGAUCUUUUCUUCCGCCAUUGUUUACUGAAGGCACGCAAGAUGACUGGUUUUGCAUCAUGUCCAGGCAUUGUGAUCAUCACUCUAAUCACAUCCCUAAUCUCCAUCCAUGUCAAGGCAGAAAUAUGGACGAAUGAAAUUUCAGAUGUCCAGUAUGGAAGAAUAGGAUCAAAUGUAACUCUUUUGUGCAGUGCUUCCAGAAAUGGCUCUGCAGUGGAGUGGAGACUGAAUGGCAGCCGAGUUGUUUCCUCAUUUGCAGUCUUACAGAAUGGAAAUCUCAUCCUGACCAAUUCAGACUCCACAAUGGAAGGCAACUACAGCUGUCACGACAAGAAGGGGCAGCUCCUGAGAGCCACCGCACUGAGGCUUGGAUAUGGUCCAGCAUUACUGAGAAUCCACUGCAUAGCAGCAAAUUACUAUAGCAUCUGCUGUUCCUGGGAGCAAAAUGUGAAGACCUUUCUGCCUACUGAGUACAUUUCAACCUUCAGGCAUGCCUCUAAAGCGAGCGAGACAUGUCAUCAGGACUUCUUCAGAACAAAUGUGUGCACCAUAAAAAACCCCAAAAACUGGCACUCUUCUUAUGUGGUUAACAUCACUGAAGUGAACCCUCUUGGAUCCACAUUUACCUUGUCUAAAAUACAGUUCCUUGAUAUUGUGAAGCCAGAUCCCCCAGAGCGAGUCUCAGCAGAGCCUGUCCAUGGUUCCCCAAGACGACUGCGAGUGUACUGGGAGUAUCCUGCCACCUGGCCCAAAGAGAGCUCUUUCCCCCUGAGGUUUCAGGUCCAGUACAAGCCUAUGGAAUCAAGGUCCUGGUCUGUGGUGGAAGCUACACAUCUCACGACAGAAUUAACAGAUGUUUUAGCUGGUCAUUUUCACAUAAUCCAAGUCAGAGCAAUGGAUUUAUUGGGUAACGGAAACUGGAGUGAAUGGAGCACUGAAAUCAAAGCUCUUCCUUGGCUUGAACCAACUCCUAAACCAGAGGAGUCUGAAAGCAGUACACAGAGUCACACAGAAAAUACAGAUCAUUCUUCAACUUCAGAAUCGAAAGUUGAAAGCGAAGAACAGUAUGAGAAGCUGGCCCUACUCGUCUCUCUUGGAUCCUUAGGAGGAGUUUUUCUGGCAUUGUUGGCUUUUUUUACCAUUUUGAUCUGGGUAAGACAUAAAGGAAAGGAGGAGACAUCAAAACAAGAACUUACCUCAAUGAUGAAGAUGAAAUCCCUGCCAAUGUAGGAUGUGCACAGAUGACAUUUACAAGAAUCAACCCUUAUAGGGUCAUCUCAAAGGGAAUUAUCACCACUGCCAUUAAUAACAAUAGGACAGAAGAAGAGCCAUUAAAGAUCUUCUGAAAAGAAGUUGCUAACUUGGUGCCUUGUGACUGUCUACAUUUACAGAUCCAGUAUCAACCUGUUUGUUUUGUUUCGUUUCAAGUGGAUUUAGUUCAGUCUGUCUUAUAAACCUACAGCGAUUUUGUAGCACUUGAUUCAUGGACUGGCUGGAGUUUGCUAAAUUCUUCAGUUCUUCACACCAGUGGACACAAAGUGUAAUAUUUUCUACAGAAAGAACUUGUGAGUUUUACGUAGAGUUGCGUGGAUUCCAUGUUGUCACAAGAAUGAAGAUCUCAUCAACCAUUAUCUAGCUACAUUUCCCUAAAAUAAUGUUAUUUUUUAGAACUCCCUUCUGAGAUGUGCAAAGAUCCAAGUACUGGAUAUUGAGGUUAUCUAUUAAAAAAGAGAUUUCUGUCCUUCAUGAAUGAUUAGAAUACAGGGCAUUAUGUACAUAUUAUUGUAUAGCCUUAUAACAGUAUAAGAAGUAAAUGUGCAUAUUUGGGUGAUUUAAAUAAUAGAUACAAACUACCAGUUGUCCACUGUUGGUUGAUGUGGAAUGCAUUGAGAUGAGCAGCAUUACUGUGCUAAGGAAUGAGUUCUACCUCACAGAGAUGUGUACAGUGUAAGGAAUUUGGUUUUGUAAGCUGGAGGGUCCAAAGGAUAUGGAGAAGGCUGGUGCAGUAGAAUGCACACCUGAAUGACUAAAGAGACAGUACGGAGAAGGGCGUUUGUUUGAAUGCUGCGGAAAAUCAUUAGCUACGUUUUCAGGCCUUAACCACAUCUGUAACAGCGUUAAAACCUGUAUAUAAAAUAAACCUACAAAUAGAUCUUAAGUUGCGAUUUAAAAAAUGUGAAUCCCUCUAGUAAGGUGUAGGGCCAUGAGAAAAAGAAGCUCUAUCACAUCUUAUUUCUUGGCACACAAAAUAAAACCAGGUCACGUUGUAAAUCUUGGCAGUAGCCUUUAAGAAAUGUGAAAAGAAAUCAAUAGAGACGUAGGGAACUUGUGUUUAGUCAUUUUUGAGUGAAAAGUUGUUGCAGUAAUUACAAAAGCACAGUCACUCUUCCUGUUACUUUUCAAAUAAUUCUAAAACACAAUGCUCAACAAAUAGGUCCAUGGUUGAAACCACAACCUGUAAGGCCUUUUUAAAGUCCACAGUUUUCACUACUUGAACAUGUGUGAGAACAUACAAUCAGAACUACCACAGAUGUGGUAAAACCUGAAAACAGAACAAAUACAACUAAAGAAAGAGGGCCCAACAGUGAAAUUUAGUUUCAGUUAAUGCUAAUAAAGGUAUUCUCAUAGAGCACCUUUCAGAUUUUUCAUUAGAAGAUGAUAUCCUUUUUUGCUGGGUACCAUACCAGCAGAAUUAUGUAAGCAUAAUAAUACAACAUUUUAUUUGUUAUUUUAGCAAUUUUAUAAACAAUAUAAUCAGAUUUUCUACAAAUUAAAAGAUAUACUGUAGUUUAAUUCUUUACCUUCAAAACCAUACCCUGCCAAUUCAGACAAGUUCUGACUCAAUUUGUAUAGUAGAUCUCUGGAAUAAUAUGAAUGUUUUAAGAACCCGUGUUUUUAGAAACUUUGUUUUAUUUUUUUUACAUGUUCUAUAUUUUAGCAUUGUGGAUACUUGGAUAGUAGAUGACACAUUAGGGAAAUGACUCACCCUGUUUAACAGUUGUUACAGUAAAUAGUGUGUGUGUGUGUGUGUGUGUGUGUGUGGUUCCAGUAGGGCCAGUCAUCGGGGUACAGUUGGAUGAACUUGACUAUAAACGGGGCAGCUGGCUUUUUGAGCAAAAUACUACAGAAUAUGGUGAAGCGAUACAUGGGAAAUUUAACAGAUGAUAGGUUGGUUUAUUGAGUUUUAGGAAAGAAGGUCAUAAAAAGUGUAAAAUAUACCAGGGCAGUAGAGGUUUAUCAGCUGUCAGUGAGUGAAUUUUAUGAUGGAACAGCUGAUAUACCAUAAAUAUUUGUAUUUUUCAUCAAUUCCUAGUAUUUUGGGUGUUUUAAUAAAAUAUUAACAUUCAACCAAAAAUGCCUAGACAUUAGAUAGGUCAGUAUUCUGAAAAGAAAACUUCAAGAAUGGGCUCAUGAAUUGGCCAGUGAAUAUCUGCUGCCUUGGAACUUGAACUCAUCAGACUAUGAAAUGCAAGGCUGGGCCUGGACAGUAUUUGGACGGGGUACCUUCUAAGAAAAAUGGAGUUCUGAAUGAAGUGUUGUUGAUUUAGUAGGGGUCAGGGUCCUCACUGGGCCCCAGGCUGGUUUCUUUAGGAUGAGAUGUUAAACUCUAUACCCGGGAUAUGAAUGAUGCCAUGACAGAUGAGCAGGAGUACGUGACCUGUUUUUUUCGGGCCUGGCUAAGUGCCACUUCUUAGUUCUCUAGUAAGUCUCCAGAAGAGAUGUGAUAAUACACUGAGGUCACAAUAAGGUCUCAGUCACAAAAUCUAGGUCACAUUAAGUGGUGUUGUCAUUAUACAGAUCAAAUUGUCUUUAUUUUGUAUGAUUUAUGAUGACAUUUUAAUUUAAUAAUGGACUAAAAGGCGCAACUUAAAUUAGAUGCAGUGCUUUUUGGUUGGGCAUCAUGAUACACACCUCUAUUACAGCAUGUAAGGAAAUAUGAUUCAAAAAUACAAUUUACUCAGCUGGUCCCACCUUGUUAAAUAAAGGGUUGAUUUGAUACUACUUAAGUGUUUUUGUUAGACCCUGCAAAACUCACUGAAACAAUCAAUGGAUUUAAAAUGAACAAAUAAGUAUUUAGACUUCAAUAUUUUGUUUUUAAAUGUUAUGCAUAACACAGGAAUUGCAUGGAGUUACAUUAAAAUGAUAAGAUGUUUGUCCAGUAUAUUUUAGAAAGGGAAAAACCAUUCAAACAUAUUUUUGAUGGUAAAACUUGGCUGAAAAGAUGCAAUAUUCACAUACCACAGUAAAUGCAUUCCAUUGCAGAGUGCUCUGUAUCUGUUUUAUUUAUAGACAAUUGCAUCAUCGCACAAUUCAGUGUAUAUUGUUGACCUCCCUUGUCAUGAUUUUGAAUUUGGAAUCAAUAAAGAAAUGUUGUGCAUUUAGCAUUAUAAGCUAAAUACAUCAUGAAAGCUGUAACAACCCAAGGUGUGCAUUUUUCAUUAGACUUCAGUAAAAUGUAGAGCAUGUGGCAUCCCUAUAUUUUUUUCUUUGAAAUGUCCUUUUGUGGGUAAUACACAAUCUGAGGUAUGGGGUAUCAACAGAAGAAAACAAGUUUUGUCAUUGUGAGUAAAAAGAAAAAAAGGAGGAGACCACACUUACUGUACAGUGUGUUGUGCGCAGGACAACAGACCGAAUAAGCUGAUUUUGUUACUAUUCAUGUAUGUAUUUUCAUGUAAUAAAAGUGAUUUUAGAUCUUGAAACUGGUACUUAAUCUCAAUCUACACUAAUAAAUAACUGUGUUUGCAAUGA